AGCGUCAUUGACAUCGAAGAGCCCCACUUCCAGGGGAAGAAAAAGGAGCAGCCAGGAGAAGUGUUCUUUCAGGCUUCCUUGCUUACACCUUUAGGUUAGGUCUCUCCAUUCAUUCACUUUUUUUUUUCUUUUUCUGGUGUCUUCUUCUCCCCAUUUCAUUGGAAAGCUCAAUGAAAUCAAUAAAGGGUUGAUACUCACUCAUUGGACACUACUCCAAAGUAUAUGCUUAACUCACUAAUGCCCCUAUUGAAUCAUCAAAAGCUAAAUUGUAGAUGGAGACCCUGCCUUCCAUGCAAGUAAAAGAACCACACUGCAAAAAUAUUUCCCCCUAAAAUUUCCCUUUCAAGAGCUUGUGCAGCAGUGGAGCAUAUUCUGAUAAGAAAAAGAAACUAUGGGCUGGAUAUGUUUACAUGAGGACGGUUAGUAUGUGCUGACGUUGUUAGAUUAUUGUCGACGUUUAUGAACAAUACCACUGUACCAAUUUAACGACCGAGGUUGCACGAACGAUCCAAUCGUACCCAGUACGCGCUGAUCAUACCCGUGUCAGCAUUAUAGUGCACAAGGAUUAUUGAUCAUUUCCAGGAGAUGAGACAAAAAUUUCCUGGUAAGGAAAAAUGAAAUGCUGCAAAGUGACAAUCUACUCAGACAAGCAGGAAAAAAAAAACCCCUACUGAAGACAGCAUAUUCCCUCCUCUUUGUUCUUUACUUAUGCUCCAACCCAUUAUAUUACUACAUAUAUUCUUAUUACAGCUAAGCACAACCAGAGCCCACACCCACUUAAAAACAGCAAAAGUAAAGUAAAGGAAGAAGAACCCUAAACCAGAAACUAAUGAACAGCCAAAACCAUACAUGAAUCUCUAAAGGAACAUUGAUCGUCAAGUAACGAACAACAUUCUUGAGUGUCACACAAGUAAACCUUGAUCUUUCAAAUUGUUCACCAAAAAACAAAUCAAAAGCUAACAUUCGAGACCCUUUUCCCAGUUCUAUAAAGACCGAUCUUCCUCCAGAGAUGAACUCAAACUAAAACCAAAUCAUCCAUUCCAUUUCCACUUCUAACUUCAGCGAUGGCGAACCCGUUUCGAAGCCGUCCGGCAAAUACGACGACGCAGCAGCAGCAUGCGGCUGCCAGGCCCAAGAGCAGCCUCCUCCGCAUCUUGAUCUUCGCAAUCUUGGGCCUGAUCGUCAUAGUGGGCCUGGCCGUCCUCAUCGCCUGGCUCAUCGUCAAGCCCAAGCGGCUGAUCUACACGGUCGAGGGCGCCUCCAUCCGCAACUUCAACAUAAACAGCGACCACGUCAACUCGUCCUUCAGCUUCGCCAUCCGUGCCUACAACCCGAACAAGAGAAUGUCGGUCUACUACGACGCCGUCGAGGUCUCCACGGCGUUUGACGGCCAGACCGUGGCCUUCAACACGCUGUCGCCGUUCCACCAGCCCAAGAGGAACGUGACGGUGCUGGAGGCCCAGCUCGAGUCGCGAGAUGUGGCCCUGUCCAAGUCCCUUUCGAAGGACGUCCGGGCCCAACGGGCCGACGGGCAGGUGAAGGUCAAUUUGCGGAUCAGGGCCAGGAUCCGGUUCAAGGUCGGGGCCAUCAAGCUGAGGCACCAGACCGUGAAGGCCCUCUGCCCCGCCGUGCCCAUAAGUUUCCAUUCCGGCAAGAGUUUCCAGAUAACUGAAUGUGAUUUGGAUUAUUGACUUAAACCUGAUUUUCAAUAAUUGAUUUAUUGAUUUUUUUUUAAAUACUUGCUCUUUUGUCUUUUGGGUGUUUUUUUUUUUGGCCUUUUGAGUGAAGAUUUCAAGGAUUUUUUUUAUGUACGAAGUUGUGUGAAAGAACGGCUACUGUGAUUUUGUGAACUGUCAUUCAUUGUAUUUGAGGGGGAUCUUGGAAUUAUUUGUAACUUGAUUACUAUUUCUCAGUAUGCAGAUUUGUGGAAAGUUUUUAACUUUUUGUUUGUUGUUCAUAAUAGUUCAUGAUCGUGCAUUCGGUUUACUCUAUCUUAGGACAAUCAUAGUUAGUAAAUACUCCGUUAAUACACAUAUGUAUUUUAUUCGUUUAAAACUUAUGUAUCCGUAUUAAUGUCAAGCCAUUCCAUUUUUUCUCGUUCGUUUGAUGGUUCCCGUACUAAACACGUAAUAAACCUGUAUAACACGUUUAUUAUCCGUAUUUUACAAAUUAAAUUGUUAACUUUACUAUUAUUUAUAUAUUUAUUUAUUUUAAAAUGAUUAAUUUCAUAUAUUUAUGACUAUUAACGUACUAUUAAAAGUAACUUUAGCUUAGAGACGAAGUAUAAUACCCGUACAUAUUUAUUACGUAACUUUCCCGUACCGUAUUUUACUAACUAUGCGUGCAAUAUUGUACUGAUGAAUCAUUCGGUUUCAAUAAUAUUGUGGUACAAAGCCACACCACUGCCUAACAUCAGAAUAGACGUCAUGCAACAUGACCGAUGCAUCACCAACAUGUUGGCAUGAACCAGCUGGUUCCAAUAACUCGACUUAUUAGGAGAGAACCCCAUGUAUGGAUCUUAAACACUUCCUUACAUGCCUCUCAAAAGAAAGAAAAGUCAUGGAUUUGGAGUUUCCAUAGGCCCACUAUAUCAUGUGGUUUAAGACAGCGAUUAAUAUAUUGAGGGUGAUGAGGAUUUGAACACGUGACCUUAAGAACAAACCAGUUCUGAUAUCAUGAAUCAUAUACCACUUAUUAACACGUGAAAGAGUAUUGACUCCCCCUUUUGAUCAUUGCUAGUGAAGAAUGGGAAGUCUAACUUCUUUAAUAUGUUGGAAAAUUUUAUUGUAAAUGUAAUGAUCAAGAGUGGGUAAAGGCAAAUUAAAAUAUUUUUAGUUUGACAUUUUUAAUAUGGGGUAUAACAACGUAUAAUGAGAGCUUUGUUUGGCACAUUAUUCAUUGAUAUUUGCUUUAUCAACUUUGUUAAGAUGGCCAUCUCUAGCUACCUAUUUAUUGAUAAUGGGAACAUUCUUUAAUUUCCACAUGAAAUAACAAACAAGACGUGCUUUAAACCCAUGUGCUUAGCCGUGACUUCAAAAGGACGAUAGAUAUAGAUGGCAUUAUCCUCCCAAGUUUUAACAAAUAGAAAAUCGAUCCCACAAUCUAUGUCUCGGGGGCUUCUAACCAAAGGGGACCCAACCUUUCCCAAAUGAUGCAAUAGAAAUCAACAUUUGGUGCCCUAAAUAACAAACAGAACAGUCGCCAAUUAUUCUCUCUAUCAAGUACUCAUUAGUCCUUCCAUUCGAGUUUGGCCAUCGAUUUGAUUCCUAGAAGGGGUGGAUUUGGUAUAGGGUUAGCAAGUGUUCUACUCUUUAGCUUCUCACUACUUUGAAAAAGUAUUGGUAGAUCAUGCACGAUCAUGUUAGUUGUAUCUAAAAGAAGUCAUGGGAAUGAAGUGUUAAGUAAGUUAUUUGAGCGACUAAAGUAUGAACUACGGUUGGCUUGUUAGUAUGUGGUAUAAAAUCGACUAUGGAAUAUUCUAUUCCAACAAUUUGAGUAACUGAAAGCACUUUGUAAUUGACAUGGUAUCAUAGUCUUCUGUUCGAAUCACGACGACCACAUCUGUUAAGCGUAUGAUAUUCAGACCUGUGCAAACUUCAAACUCAUAUGUGUUGACUUUCGUUUGAGAGAAAGUGUUAUUAUGUGGCAUAAAAUCCAUUAUUGAAC